AUGGAGGACAGGACUAGGCCUUCGGAGCCAGAGAAGGGGGUGAUCCCCGCAGACGGAGAAAGCCAGGCCACGGGCAUGCUCAGAGACAUUGCUAUCAGAUGGUUUAUGGAGACACAGGCACCCCUCAUAUUACAAGAUGGCACUUUGCCUGAAUGGUUCCAUGGAUUCAUUACAAGAAAGCAAGCUGAAGAACUGCUUAGAGACAAACCCGUUGGCUGCUUUCUCAUCCGGCUGAGUGACAAAGCUAUGGGCUACAUCCUUUCCUACAGGGGGUACGACCGUUGCCGCCACUUUGUGAUCAGUCAGCUUCAGAACCGGAAGUACAUCAUCUCUGGGGACACCUGCAACCAUCCCACGCUCACCGCCCUUAUCAGCUACUACCAGGAAGCAAAGAUAGAGCCCUUUGGGGAGAGCCUCACCACCGCCUGCCCUUGGCCCAAGGAGAACAACUUGUACGAUGCCAUCUCUCAUAAUCUUCCUCCGGUCAUCCCACCUGAGUCAACUGAUCCCUCCAAGGAGAAGCAAGAAUUGGGAGACUUAGAAUACCUGAGGUCUGCUAAAGACAGGGACCCCAAGGCCAGCCCCACUCCAAAGCCCAGGACUUCCUAUGUCCACUCCAAAAAAUUCCUGGAAGAAUGUCCUUGGAAGCUCAAUGAAGAGGACACUGAUCUCUCAGCAGAAGCGCCUCCUCUGCCGGAGAGAGGCUCUUCCCUUCUGAUGGAAUCCUUCAGUAGCAGACAUUCGGGAAACAUCAUAUAUGCAGAGCUGAAGAAAAUGAAUCACAGCCAACAGGGCCUAAGCAUGGAGGCCUCAGACAUUCCACAUCAGAGCCCUUUCCCUGGCCGAGAGUACCAGAGAAAGCCUGGAAGUCUAAGUGGAGAACUGGUUCCAAAAACCAGGGACGCCCCCCUCCUCACUUGUCUAAGUGCCACCAACCUCCUGGGGCUGGAUCCCAAUAAGAAAUCUCCCCCUUCUCCCUAUCGCCCUACGUUGGAGGACAGCUCCCCUGUGCCCAUCUCCACUUCUCCUGGAGAUAAGGCAAGCUCCCCACAUCAUCAGGCUUCUCCCAAGGCUCGGUGCUCCCCUGAAUCCAAAGGGAGCAGCCAGGGAUUUGCCAUCCAUGCUGUUCCUCAGCCCUGGAGAGGCUCGGGGUCCAAUGGGCCCAGGGACUCCAGCCCUCCAGGUACCCAUGAACUCAUGCCAAAGGUGAACCACUCCUUUUCUUUGGAAGUUCAGGCCCAGGCCUCAUAUGGCCAUGACUACGAGCCUGUCCCUGCUAGGCUGCCCAAGUCAGCCUUUCUCCCACUCAAAGCCACCUACAAUCAGCUGGAAGGCUUUGGAGGCUGGAUGGAUAAUGCUUAUGAGAAGAUUUCAGGAAGCCAGUCAGUGUCCAUGACUUCCUUACCAAGUAACCCCUAUGAGCAGGUCCCCAUCUUGAAGGUCCAGGAGACCAAGCAGUCGCACUCACACAAGGUUGAAAAAUACCGAAGGUUCUUCUUCACAGAUCGGAAGAAUAAACAAUGA